CGUGACCACUAGAGCCAAUCAUCGACAGAGUUCAGGUUGUUCCAGGUGCUGCUGGAACAAUGGUCUGCGUAGCCAGCUCAGGACUAAACCUACACCAAACAAAAGGUCAUUGACGGAUAUUUUUCUACUUGACAGAAGGAAAAGGAGACGGGUGGCCAAUGGCUAAAGUUGUGGCUGCUUUAAUAUUGUUGUGCUCGGGAUUCCUUGUUUUCGGCCAGAGUUGUGUGGACGAGGGCCGAUUUAAAGAGCACGUGCUCUAUGCAGGGCAGCAAGAACCUUCAUAUAUACUAAAGUGUCCUCUGCAGCCUGCUCUGUCCCAAAGUGUCCCUGAAAUCCAGCUGACCUGGUUGAAGGACUGUCAGCAGCUGCAGAAACAGGUGGGGAAGAAUUUUCUGGAGUUUACCAGUGUAAGCAUAAAGGACGAAGGAAAUUACACGUGCAUGCAAGAAGGAAAUGGCACAGCACUGUUCACAGUGCGCCUCAAAGUGAAGGACUCUCGGUGCUCCCAAGCUCCAGUGUUUAAAACAAAUGGUGGUCCAACUAAACUCUGGAGGAAGACUGGAUCCAGCGUGGUAUUGAACUGCACGGCUCUACUUCUCUGGGAUCCAUCAGAGGAUCGAUGCGAAACCACCCUGCUGUGGAGCAAAGCUGGCCAGUCUCUCACCAACCACACGGGCCUCUUCCACAACACGUCAUCAUGGUCCCCUGCUAAUGGGCAGCUGAUUGUUAGCAGUCUGCUUGAGAUCACCUUCAUAGAACCUGAAGAUUUUGGACUCUAUAGCUGUACAUCCAGGAACUUGUCUUCAUACUUCAGCAUCCAGAAUUCAAGCAGUCCCAGCCACACAGCUGCUGUCAGUGCAGCCAUCACCCUCCUCCUCCUGUUGGGUGUAGCAGCACUUGUGUACACCAGAUGUCACCUGAACUUUAAACUCUGGUACAAGAACUCUUAUGGAGACUUCGAACUCAAUGAUGGGAAAUUAUAUGAUGCCUACAUCUCCUAUGUUAACAAUGACUAUGACAGGAAGUUUAUCAACUUUAUUCUCAAACCACAUUUGGAAAAUAAAAGUGGGUAUAAAGUGCACCUCAAUGAGAACGAGAUCCUACCUGGAUCAGAGCCGUCUGCGGAGCUCCUAGUGAACAUGAGUCGCUCCCGCCGUCUCAUAGUGCUGCUCUCACAUGCAUAUCUCCAGCAGGAUUGGUGCACUAUGAAUUUCAGACAGGGUCUCCUGCACUUGCUGGAGUUGUGCCAGCAGCCUAUACUGAUCAUGUUGGAGGGCCAGCCCAGAUGCAUGAAUCAAGAGGUCAGGGAGCAGCUCGCUGAGCACCAGCACCGCCUCACCAUACUCACUUGGAGGCAGAAUUCUGUGACUCCUUCGUCAGUCUUCUGGAAGGAAUUAGCCUUAGCCAUGCCUCGCAGAGUGGUCCUCCGUAAUGAGUCUGCAGGAGACCCUCAGACUGUGCUGCAGGAUGACAAAGACCCCAUGCUGACCCUUGACCCGGACUACCUGGACUGCCGCUCAGACAUUGAUCCAGCUGGAGAUCUAGGGCUUCGGCUCCCUGUGUACAGGUCUCUGAGCGCUAAAGCUCCGAUCCUCCCAGCUGCUGAACCAAAUCCUGACAUUGAUGUGUCGGAUCUAGGAUCACGAAGCUAUGCCGCUCGCUGUGAUUUCUACUGCUUGGUCACUAAAGAGGAUGUGUGAUUUCUACUCAUCUCUGAAACUAUCACACUUACAUUUUGUCAUGUUUUUGUGUGUUACUGAAAUCUAUGUGCCAAUUCUGUUUUCUUGUUUUCACAAACCAAUACCUUUUUAACCCUCUGGAGGCAGGCGUUGCAGAUUUGCAACAUUAAAACCUACCUACCUGGCUACUCCUCAUACGUAUUUCAUGAGCAUUUUUUAACUCAGAAGUACCCGUGAACAACUUAGUUGUUCGUCCUUUUAUCAAAACUUAUUUUGAGCCUGAGAGGGUUAAUGCUAAUGAGUUUUGCACUGUAGUACCAUGUUGAAAAACAACUUGGUGAAUAUGUUCAUUUUGGGUUGAUUUGUCACCUUAUUUACAUCAAAGAGUAAUGAUGAAAAAUCUGUUUUGAGAAGAAAUGAAAUCAGAGCCUAAGUAAGGGAGCAGUAGGAAAAUGUAUUUGUUCCUGUCUGAGACGUAAAUAUGCAAACAGGGCGUUGGUCCACAUUUGUUCCAGACACACACAAGACAAAAAAAAAAAAAAAAAAACUUUGCGGGUGUCCUUUAUUAGCUUUUAAAUUGGGUGACAAAUUUAUGUGGAUGAAACAUGAAAAGCAACUGUUAAAAACCCCAACAUGAUCACAAUUAAAGCAACUGAGCAAUAGCAAACAAUUCCAACAUUUAACGUGUCAUUUUUGAAAUAUGUGUUUUUACACAAUGCAAAUAAUGUCUGUACUGAGAUAAUCAUGAAAGGUGCUCAAACAUAGUCAUUUAUAGGCCUAAGAAAUAAAUCUGCUUAAAACAAAA